AUGUCUGAAUUACAUGAUUUAUGUAAAUUUCCAAUUCGGCCAAUUGAUCAAUCUUAUAUUGAAAAGUUGACUCAAUAUCUUAAAGAUGGAAUUCCAGCAACUUAUACUAUUGAAGAAGCAUAUAAUUAUAUUAAUAAUAUCAAUAUUGAACCAACAACAACGACAACUCCAUUACAUUUAAUAUGUCAAAAUGCACCAAUUGAUAUUACUAAUGAUGAACAAAAAAUAAUUUCCCAAAUGGUAGAAAAAUUAUUUGAAUAUGGAGCAGGAUGGAGUUUUACUGAUAUUAAUAAUCAAACUCCUGGAUGUAUUUUAAUUUCGAGAAGACAAAAAAUAGGUAAUGAAAAAUGGAUGAAUGAUGUAUAUCAACAAAUUAUUGAUGCUGGAGUUAGAGCAGAAUUGUUGUUAAGAAAAGUAAAUGAAUUUGAAGAAGUUGAAUUUAUUGAUGAAGAAGAAGAAGAAGAAGAAGAAGAAAUUCCUCAAUUAGUGGAGGAUCAACAAGAAACCAAAGAAGAACAACAACUACAACAACAAUCUGGUGAUAUUGAUGAUGCACCUGAUGCACCAUCACAAAAUCAACAAUCAUAUUUAAAUACAAAAUUAGAAUAUAUUAAUGAUGCAUUAAUUACUAAAAAUGAUAAAGAUGGAGUAAUGAUGGCUUGGGAAAAUGAUAUUAUGAAAUUAGCCAGUGAUACCAUAACUUCAAACCUUGACUCCGAUGACAAUCAUGAUUCAGAAUUAAAUAUUUUAAAUAUUGGAUUUGGAAUGGGGAUAAUUGAUAACAUGAUUCAAUCCAAACUUAAAGACCAUCCUAAUGCUAAACAUUAUAUUUGUGAAGCUCAUCCUGAUGUAUUAGAAAAAAUGAAAUUGGAUGGAUGGUAUAAUAAAUCAAAUGUAAUAAUAUUAGAAGGAAGAUGGCAAGAUAAAUUAAAUGAAUUAUUGUCUUCAUCAGAACAAAAAGUGCCAGUAUUUUUUGAUGGGAUUUAUUAUGAUACAUUUCUGGAACAUUAUCAAGAUAUGUUAGAAUUAUUUGAUAUUAUUGUUGGAUUAUUAAAACCCAAUGGGAUUUUUUCAUUUUUCAAUGGAUUAGGAGCUGAUAGACAAAUUAUUUAUCAAGUUUAUAAAAAUUUAUUAAUUAUUGAUUUAGAAAAUUAUGGAUUAAAUUGUCAAUUUAAAGAAAUUGAAAUCCCCAUAGAAAAAUUUUGGAAUGAAUCAAAAGAUAAAAGUAUUUGGGAUGAUGUUAAAAGAUCUUAUUGGUCUUGUCCAAUAUAUUAUCAUCCUAUAAUUAAAUUCAUUGAUGAUAUAUAA